GAGUGUUUAAACCAGAUUGCUCGGGCCCAAUCUACGGUUGGGGCAUGUCAUCUUAGCUGGUUCCAGACACAAUUAUGGAUCAGGGAACGAAACCAGACUAUGAACCAGAUCGGAUUCCACCAUCUGUUUUCGCAACCACAAUGACUUCUAAACAAGAAUGGAGUACUCAAUCUAACGAUUUGUUUAGUAUUCACAUGGGAGAUCAAAGUUUCACCAAAAUGUAUAAAUCUGGAGAACUCUCCAAUUUCGACUAUACUGCUACGUAUAUUAACGACAACAACAACAUUGAUAACAAGACUAAUUUGACGGAUGCUGGAACAAAAGAGGUCAACAUCCUGGAAGCGGAAACCGGACCAGAAGCCGCUAAUCGAGAUGGCCUAACCAAUGUAUCUAAACCGGAUCUACCUCGGCAACGUCAGUUAAGUCCCACCAAGUCUUAUCGCUCCGACACCAGCAAUAACAGCGCAGCUUCUUUUGCAUUUCCCAUAUUACCUGAGUCCCAACAAGAUCCAAAAACGGCACUUCAGGUGAAGGAUGAAAGUGGUGAAACGGAUAUAUCAAGACCAGAACCAAAGCCCAGUUCUUACUCGGAUGAUCCCAAACCAGGGGACGGUGGUGGCUGGCUUUCUUGUUUUUCAUGUUUCUCAGUGAAAAGUUGAGAUUAGUUCUCUUUGUCAAGCCUAUUUAUUUAGGUCGUAGUUGUCGAAGAGACACGAGACACUAGACAAGAUAAAUUACUGAUUUUAUCUUAUGUCACACAAUUUAGACAUGUACUAUGUAAUCGUAAUGUCUGGACUCUGGAUGGAAGCGAAAAAAAAAGUGUUGUUUGUUUUGCUAUAGACAUUUUUACUAGCACCUUUUAUUUGUUAUAGAUUUGCGACAUAUUUACUAGAGAUUUGUCUCAAUAUGUAGCAGUAAUAGAACUGUCACACUAGUACAAAACUUAUAUUUUCUGUAAAUAAACAAAUCUUACAUUAUUUAAUGUCAAUACUAGUUUACAAAAGAGGAAAUUAGCAUCUACCUCUAAGAAAAUACUUAUUCUUGGGUUCACCGUCUAGGUUCACCAACCAAUAGGAUUGUGUUAUUUUAUAGAGUUAUUCUUGGGUUUACCAAUAUGAAGUCGUUAUUUUAUAUAUCUUUUAAAAAAAGAAACAAAAUAUUAUCAAUUUAUAUCAUAAUUUUAAAAUUAAAUAAAAAAUAAAUAAUAAAUAAAAAUAGUACUAGAUGCAAAAAAAAAUUUUUAGCGCCGUCAGCAAAACACUAAACCCUAAACCCUUGGAUAAAUCAUAAACCCUUGGAUAAACCAUAAACCCUUGGAUAAAUCCUAAACUUAAAUAAAAAAUACUAAACACUAAAUUUUAAAAACACUAAAACUUUAAUCUUAAUCCUUAAACCCUUGGGUUUAGUGUUUUUAAGAUUUAGUGUUUAGUGUUUUUGAUUUAGGGUUUAAAAUGUAUCCAAGUGUUUAUGGUUUACCUAAGAGUUUAAGGUUUACCCAAGAGUUUAUGGUUUAAGAUUUAGUGUUUUGCUGACGGCGUUAAAAAUAUAUUUUUUUGCAUCUAGUACCAUUUUUUUACUUUUUAUUUAUUUUAAAAUUAUAAUAUAAAUGGACAAUAUUUUGUUUUCUUUUUUAAAAGAUACUGAAUAUAAAACAAUGACUUCCUAUUGGUUGGUGAACCUACAGAUUCACCAUUGGGGAUGAACCUACAGAUUCACCCUAUAGAGUGAACCCAAUAAUUACUCUAUUUCAUAUGCAAUUUCUUUUAUAAAAGGAAAUAAAAUAUUGUCAAGUUCUAUUAUGUUUUUAAAAUAAAAAGGUAAAAAGAAAUAAAUAAAAACUAGUAGUAAUUACAAAAAAAAAUAUUUUAAACGAGAAAAAUAGUAAACCUUAAAUCCUAAUCCUUAAACCCUAAAUCCUAAACUUUACACCCUUGGGUAAACCUAAACUCUUGGAUAAAUCCUAACUCUAAAUCAAAAACACUAAACACUAAAACAUUUAAGGGUUUAGGGUUUUAGUGUUUAGAGUUUUUGAUUUAGAGUUUUUGAUUUAUCUAAUGGUUUAGAGUUUAUCCUAGGGUUAGAGUUUAUGAUUUAGGGUUUAGGGAUUUGCUGACGACGUUAAAAAUAUUUUUUUUUAAUUAUUUUUUCUGUAACUACUAUUUUAUUUUAUUUUUUAUUUUACUUUUUUAUUUUAAAUACAUAAUAUAACUUGACAAUAUUUUGUAUUAUUUUCUAAAAGAUAACGAAUUUGAAAUAAUAAAAUUCUAUUGGUUGUGAACCUUAGAGUAAAAUUGGUAAUCUUAGAUUACACUCUCAAACACGGCUGCACGUCCGAAUACUUAUGUGAAACGUUGCAGACUGAACCAAGAAAAGGAGCAUCUUCCCUCCGACAAGACUUUUUCUUCAAACCUGGUUUUGAAGGAAUUUUUCGCUACCCGAUAUCGACUUUUAUAACUUCGAUUUAAUUGAGCUAUCUAGAGCUUAACUGUCAUCACUUUACUUUUGAGUAUAUGACUCUUCCUCCCAUGUACCAAAUCUCGUCGAUCAUAGUCUAAAACCAGACCUAUUUAUUCACAUAAUUCAUAUCCGUACUAAUUUAACACAGAUAAUCUAGAGGUAAACCAGGAAAGAAUUAAAGCCACAUAAACCAGUACAGAAUUAAAACCAGACAUAAGAUUAAUUUUAUUUUUUUGAGGGCCUUCUAUUUAAAAAUAACUUCUUCUUUUUUGACAUCAUGUGGAUCCAAAACUAAUCCUAGUCUGGCUUACAUUAUUUUGAUACGUGGAUCAUACUAUUUUAAAAGUGAGUAAACAGGAUUCCAUAUUCCAGUCUAUAUGUUGUCUUUUUCAGGGGCUAGGGGAAAUACAUCUCAAGUACAUCAAUUAGUAGGUAUGGUAAAAAUAUGCAAAGUUUUAGAACAAAAAUUCCUACUGGUAAUAAGGUAACUAAUUGCACGUUGUUUAAAUUUUUUGUAUUAUCUAUGUUAAAUGUGUAUAUAUAUAUAUAUAUAUAUAUAUGUUGCAAAAGAGAAAUAUAAUUAAAUUCACAGGUCACAUUUUAAGCUUGUUCAGUAAAAACAAUUAUAUAAAAUAUAAUUAAUUUAAAUUUCUACUCUGCAUUCUCAUUAAUAUUAUAAAUCUUUAGCUAGCAUAUUUAUGUUUCAUUGGCUUUAACUAUGAUGAGUUUGGGCCUUGGGUCCUAAUCUUGUCCAUGGUCCGGAGCCAGACUUUGAUGAUAUGGGGUGUAAAGUAUUCUUUUCACCGGGUUUCAAACCAGGAGGACAAUAGUAUCAACACAUGUGCUUAAACUCACGUUCGAUGAUGAGGAUCAUACAGUUAAAUAUAGUUUUCUAAAGAGCGCAACAUGAAGCACUUAAAGCAACCAAAAAAAACAAGCAUGAAGAAAGUGGAAAGACAAAAAAAAGUCUAGACAAGAACGUCAACUGAAUGUUAUGGGUGGGAUCCAAAGUCAUUGCUAUAUUUUCUUCAUAAGGGUUGUCACGAUUCUCGGAGUCUAGCUUUAAAGACAGCAUUAUAUAUGAAACCGAACCCUCGAAACAAAAGCAGUAAACCAACGGAAGAUCGAUUGGACCAUAAUAGGUGAACUAUAUCAUCAGCGGAUAUAUUCAUAUAGAUAUAGACUCGUAAACCACGAUGAGGCAGCUGAGGAUUUGAGAAUCGCAAACCAGGACUACGUUGUUGUCGAGAUGGAUCAGGGCUCCAGUGAUGUUCUUAAGAAGCAAGGCGUCUCAGCUCAGCAAAUGUUGGAGCCUCCAUCUGAUAAUCUGGUCGCAGACAAACGAUUGUCAAAAAAGAAGAUCUCUGGAAGCCCUGAGGUUAAAGGAGCUCGUUCCUUUUAGAACGAUGAUUGCUAACUGUGGUAUGAUUGAAUUCCCAUAUAGAGGAAGAUGUUGUCGGCGGGUUUUAGGAGCUCGGGUAAGGUUCAAUGUAGUUUGGAUCGUGCUAUCGGUAAUGAAGAAUGGCACCAUUUUUUUCCCACACAAAUGUUAGUAUCUAAUAACAACUAGAACUGUUAAAAUCAAAUUUUAACUUCAAAUAGUUUAAUAAUCAAAAGUCUCAGUGCUAAGAUCUGUGAGUUUUAAGAACAGUUCAACAACAUGAAUCUAGGUCGCUAAAUUUUUUUUCUCUUACUCAGAAACCAUAUUAUAAUUGAUUUAAGUAAUUGAUUGUAGAAAUACCUUUUACUUUAUUUUAACAAGUGAAAACCGGAAAUACCUAACUGUCAAAAGAGCAUUUUUGUGUAGAUCCAAAUGGUUGGAGGCUUCUAUAGUGCAGAUAUUGGCUUUGUUGAUUUGUUUUACUUAUGCUUCGUUGACUUUUUUUUUUUAUCGUUUUCAACUUAUUUUAAAUCUAACAAAAUUUAUGAUGCUCUUUUAUGUAUGUGUUUCAUUGAAUUUGGGAAAACAAAUGUUUUGGAUAUAAUGAAAAUAAUCACCUUUUAUAUUUACAUAUGAUUAAAGUAUUCAAAUCUAAAAAAAAUUAAGAAAGUCGAUUGCAGAAUUAAUUUUUAGUUUAACACUGAUAAAAGCAAAGAAAAAUAUAAAAUCAUCAACCAUUAAUAUUUGAACAAUUUUUGAGAUUUCACUUGUGAAUGUAUAUGUAACCAAAAUCACUUAACUAACUUCUCUUUUAAUAUAUAAUAAAAAUGUGAUAUAAUUUUGUUUGAUUUAUAAAUACUUAUAAAGAUAAAUUUAUACAAUUAAUUAUAAAUAUAUUUAUGAACAAACAUUUUUUUUUAUAAAUUGUAUAAGUUUUUGUGAUUCACUUUGUCUACAACUCUUUGAUUACAUGAUUUAAUAAUACAAUCUGCCGUUAAAAGUUUGUUUUUUAGGAUAGAUAUUAUUAACUCAAAUCUAAAAAUCAAACAUAAUUGAUUUCAGAACUGAUAAAAAUAAAUAAAAUUUAAUAUCCCAUCAAAAUUAUAAAAAAUUUAGGAUUUCACCUAUAAGUGUACAUUUAAGUAUUUAACCAAAAGUUACUUAAAUGACUUACAUUUUAAUAUAUAGUAAGAAGUGUGGAAUAAUUCUGUAUGAUUUAUAAAUCCUUAUAAAUAUACAUUUACAUAAUUUUAAAUAGAUUUAAAUUAUUUAUAUAUGGUCUAUAAAAUUUCUAUAAGUCGGAUAAAUAAAAUUAUAAACCUUUAUAAAUUAUUUAAUAAAAGUCUUAUAAAUAAUUUAGAAACUCUAGUAAUAUGAUUUUGCUCUCUUUUGUGAGCCUUUGAGAUUCCCACAAUUAUAAAAAAAAAUUGUUUUAAAAAUGUUUAUAAUAAUUUUAAAAACAUUUAUGCAUAUAAUUGUUUAAAAUAUACAACUAUUAUAUUUAUUUCUAUAAAAUUAUAUUAAAUUAUUUUAUAUCAUUUUAAAAAAAAUUGAUAAAAAUAUCAAAUUGAUUAAACAUUAUAUAUUAUUUAUAUACUUCUGCAUUUAGUUACCAUAAAUAAUUAUUUUUAAUAUUAAUUGUGUUGUUUGGUAACUUGUAUUAACUAGUUUUAGAAUUUUAUUUUUAGAUCUACAUAAAAUAAAUAAUAAAUAAAAAUCAUCACCCAAUCAAAUUAUAAUAUUUUACUUAAACUUCACAUAUGAGCGAUACAUAAUAAAAAAUCAUUUGACAAUGGAAAAAAAAGGGAAAAUUACCAAAAGAGAACAAAAAAACAAGGUUAUUGUCCCCUUGGUAUAAAACCAACAUGAAGUUGUCUCAAUAGUAUAAUUUUUUUCAUAAUCCCAAAACUAACCCUAUACUUAAUCUAACUAAACACAAUUUAAAAGUUAAUUUGAAUUUUUUUUAAAAAGUUAAUGGAAAAAAGGAAAAAAAAACAUUUGAAAGGCAAUCGAAAAAAAAAAA